AAAAAAAAAAAAUAGCCCCCCAAAACAGAAAAAGACAAUAUCGCACAAUGUCUUCAUGCAAUUUUAACCAAUUUUCUUUUUGGAGACCGCAAAGAGAGCAGCAUCGCAUCUUCAGUUAUAUGAUCUGUUGAUCGAUGAAAGUGAAGGGAUCACAUUCGCAUCCCUCUCCCUCUCCCUCUCCCUCUCAUCCUCCAAAUGAUUUCUCGAGCUUCCAAUUAACAAUGAUUUCUGCAUUGUCUGAUUAAUUAAUUAAUUAUCCCAACCCGAGUGAAGCGUAGUGGAGUCAUCCAUCAAUCAAUUAUGAUGGAAAGAGGCGACCCUGCACCCAAGCUGUUCAACAGAAUGCGGCUAUGGGAGUUCACCCAACAUUUCGUCGUCGAGCCCACCGACGGCUCUUCAGCUCCCUUUAUCGCCAUUAGCCGCCUCGACGGAUCCUUCAAACUCACCGACGAUGUGCCGGAAGUGACUUUGCUUGGUGCUCCGAAGAUUUGGAACAUAUUCGGCGUUGUCGGGGUACUCAAGAUAUUGGCAGGGUUGUAUUUGUUCGUGAUAACGGAGAGAGAAUGUGUUGGAAACCAUAUGGGAUUCCCUAUCUUCAAAAUCACUUCAAUGAAGUGCUUUCCUUGUGAUCAUUCUCCCAAGAAAGAUACCGAAGAACAAAACAAGAUGGAGAGAGAGGUUUCUCAACUGAUAAGUAUUGCUGAGCGAACUCCGGGGCUUUACUUCUCCUAUGAUGUGAAUAUAACUUUGAGAACACAACUGCUCCACGACUUGGGAGACGAAACAAAGCUACUUCCUCUUUGGAGACAAGCAGACCCUCGAUUUCUUUGGAAUAGCUACAUGUUGGAAGUGCUGAAGGACAACAAGCUUGAUGCAUACUUGCUUCCUGUAAUGCAAGGGAGUUUUCAAAGAACUCGAACGGAUGUUGGAGGAGUCAAUAUUGAUGUUACUCUGAUCGCGCGGCGCUGCACUAGAAGACUUGGCACUCGUAUGUGGAGAAGAGGUGCAGACUCCGACGGAUUUGUUGCAAAUUUUGUAGAAACUGAACAAAUAUUACGAGUUCAUGGCUGGACUGCAUCCUUUGUUCAGAUUCGGGGUUCAAUUCCAUUACUUUGGGAACAGAUCGUCGAUUUGACUUACAAGCCAAUAAUCAAACUUAUUAGGCCAGAUGAAACUCCCAAAGUGUUCGAGAAACACUUCCUAGAUCUAAAUAGCAAGUAUGGAGAUGUUCACGUCAUUGAUCUCGUCAACACGCAUGGUGGGGAGGGAUGCCUAUGUAAGAACUACAGCAGUGCAAUGCAAAACCUUGCCAAUGAUUCUGUGAGGUACAUACACUUUGAUUUUCACAGGAUAUGUGGGGAUACUGAUAUGGGGUGGCUUUCCAUUUUAUACCACAAAAUUCAAGCUUUUCUCUUCAAGAAUAGGUACUUUUUAUUAAAUGAGAAAGGGGAUAAAGUUCAAGGCCAGCUUGGAAUUGUAAGGACCAACUGUGUCGAUUGCUUAGAUCGCACUAAUGUCACUCAGAGCAUGAUUGCCCGUAAAACGUUGGAAGCUCAACUUAAAAGACUUGGUGUUUUUGGCGAUGGAGAAACCAUUAGCAGCCAACCAAAGUUGGAUAGUUGCUUCAAAAUUAUGUGGGCUAACCACGGGGACGCUGUUAGCACUCAAUACACUGGGACUCCAGCUUUGAAAAGAGAUAUAGUAAGAUGUGGUGAGAGAACAAUCCAAGGAGCAUUACAAGAUGGAUGGUCUGCUCUUAUGCGGUACUUCCUCAACAACUUUCGAGACGGCAUGAAGCAGGAUGCAAUGGAUCUAUUGCAAGGCCGAUGUACUAUUUCACCGACGAAGAUCGAGGCGCCGAAGACAAAAAAAGAUGAACCAGAGUUUGUACUAUCGGUCCCGAUGGGUUUGACACUGAUUAUGCUGAGUUGGUCCUUUUCACUGAACUCUCUGAGACGAGCUCGGAAAGAUCCAUGGUGUUUAGUAUUCACAGUGAUGUGGGCGUGUAUAAGUAUGCUUAUUCUUUCCAUCCUCAAGUCCAAUGGUCGCAAUUUGUGUAGUCGCCCUCGCCCGAGUCCUCAAUUCAGAUGAGAUAUAUUUUCUCCAUCGAGUAAAUCAUUUUAUCCAUUUAUAAUUUUAUUUAAGUUAUAGUAUCUUUUGAAACAAUAUCACCUACAAUCCAUCCAUAUAUAUAUAUAUAUAUAUGCAUUUUAUUUGAUGUUUUUGAAAAGAAUUUUUUUUAUAAAUAGUAAAAAUUCAGAAUAAAU